GACGCCAUUUUCGGCAGCUGACGGGGAGCCGGGGACGCGGAUCGCGUAGGUUCGGAACAGGUCGGGCUGCUAGCCGCUCGGGGCUCGUUUGGCCAAGCCCAGUCAGACAAGGGUAGCGUCGGGGGUCCGGGAGCACUGGAGCGAGGAUGUGUCGGAGCACGGCAGCUGCUGCUGCGGCGGCCGGACCUGCCUUCCUUGCCCGUGAUUGACUGACACAUUGACGGACCGACAGCCAUCCCUGGACCUUCGAGGGGCUUGACGGCUGCGUCCGAGCUCGGGGACAGGCGGCCCCGCCGGCCAGUCCUUUGUUUGCAACCCUCCCGUCCUUGGCCCCAGUGCCCAGCGGAUCUAGGCGGCGGCCCGGGGAGGCCCCAGCCCCCUCCCUCCUUGUCAGCCCGCGGGGAGCGCGGUCACCGCAGGAACCGGACGAAUGUAUGACAACAUGUCCACAAUGGUGUACCUAAAGGAAGAUAAGUUGGAGAAGCUUACCCAGGAUGAAAUAAUUUCUAAAACGAAGCAAGUGAUCCAGGGACUGGAAGCUCUGAAGAAUGAACAUAAUUCUAUCUUGCAAAGUUUACUUGAGACACUUAAGUGUUUGAAGAAAGAUGACGAGAGUAAUUUGGUGGAAGAGAAAUCAAACAUGAUUCGCAAGUCACUGGAAAUGUUGGAGCUUGGGCUGAGUGAGGCACAGGUAAUGAUGGCCCUGUCAAACCAUCUAAAUGCAGUUGAAUCAGAGAAACAGAAAUUGCGUGCUCAAGUACGCCGUCUGUGCCAGGAAAAUCAGUGGCUACGGGAUGAGUUAGCUAACACACAGCAAAAGUUACAAAAAAGUGAGCAAUCUGUGGCUCAACUAGAGGAAGAAAAGAAACACCUGGAAUUCAUGAAUCAGUUAAAAAAAUAUGAUGAUGACAUUUCUCCAUCAGAGGACAAAGACAAUGAUUCUACCAAAGAACCUCUGGAUGACCUUUUCCCCAAUGAUGAAGAUGAUCCAGGUCAAGGAAUUCAACAGCAACAUAGCAGUGCAGCUGCUGCUGCCCAACAAGGGGGCUAUGAAAUUCCAGCACGGCUUAGAACUCUUCAUAACCUUGUUAUUCAGUAUGCUUCCCAAGGGAGAUAUGAGGUUGCUGUACCAUUGUGCAAACAAGCACUAGAAGAUCUUGAGAAGACUUCUGGUCAUGAUCACCCUGAUGUUGCCACCAUGCUAAAUAUCUUGGCUCUGGUAUACAGAGAUCAGAACAAAUACAAAGAUGCAGCUAAUCUAUUAAAUGAUGCACUGGCUAUCCGAGAAAAAACCUUGGGCAAAGAUCACCCGGCGGUGGCAGCAACUUUGAAUAACCUUGCAGUUCUUUAUGGUAAAAGAGGGAAGUACAAAGAAGCUGAGCCUUUGUGUAAGAGAGCCCUGGAGAUCAGAGAAAAGGUUUUGGGAAAAGAUCACCCAGAUGUUGCCAAACAGUUAAAUAACUUGGCCUUACUGUGCCAGAACCAGGGCAAGUAUGAAGAGGUAGAAUAUUAUUAUCAAAGAGCACUUGAGAUCUACCAGACAAAACUGGGACCAGAUGACCCCAAUGUGGCCAAAACAAAAAAUAACUUGGCAUCUUGCUACUUGAAACAAGGGAAAUUCAAGCAGGCUGAAACACUGUACAAGGAGAUACUUACUCGUGCACAUGAGAGAGAGUUUGGCUCUGUAGAUGAUGAAAAUAAACCCAUAUGGAUGCAUGCUGAGGAGAGAGAAGAAUGCAAAGGAAAACAAAAGGAUGGGACAUCUUUUGGGGAGUAUGGUGGCUGGUACAAAGCUUGCAAAGUUGAUAGUCCAACUGUGACAACCACUUUAAAGAACCUUGGAGCACUUUAUAGACGUCAAGGCAAGUUUGAAGCUGCUGAAACAUUAGAGGAAGCAGCCAUGAGGUCUCGAAAACAGAGAGUAGCUGAAGUGCUAAAUGACCCUGAGAGCAUAGAAAAAAGAAGAAGCCGAGAAAGUCUCAAUGUUGAUGUGGUAAAGUACGAGAGUGGUCCUGACGGAGGGGAGGAAGUGAGUAUGAGCGUAGAAUGGAAUGGGGAUGGCACUGGAUCUUUAAAACGCAGUGGUUCCUUUAGCAAACUUCGGGCUUCAAUUAGACGCAGCAGUGAGAAGCUGGUUAGAAAGCUGAAGGGAGGAAGUUCACGAGACAGUGAACCAAAGAAUCCUGGGGUGUCUCCAAUAGAACCUAUUUUUGUCGAAAAUGAUGGCAGCAGUAGUGGUUUAGAAGAAUCUUCCAUUAAUUGAAAUGUUUCCACAGUGACCAUCCCAUCUGUCAGAAGUUUCCACACUCCCAGGACUCACAAGGGGCACAGCUGCUGCCUUUGUAACCACUCGCUGCUGAGAACACCGUCCCAUCGCAGCCAACAGGGCUGUAGUCAAGGCUUGGAGCAAUUACCUGAGAGCUGGUGGUCAUUUAACAAGGUUUCAUUAUGGCUCUUCUUGCUGUGGGACUUGCUACUAAUCUUUGUAUCAUUUGUCAGGAUCACACAGGACCGUGACCUUUGUGAGUCCUUUUUAGUGACACAACAAACCUGGGGAGUUGCUCAGUGCCCCUGAAUGCCUUUUGUCUAUGUCAGCCUCUGCUCUGAAAGGAGAAUGCUGCUGGUUCCCUCCUUCCCAUCAUUUAAUUCCCCAAUUCUCCUAGAGACUUUGUGGGGCUGACUGCGGGAUUGAAGUCUGUGGCUUUGCCAUGUACUGAAUCUGCAUUCUAUAGAAAGGUCUAUGCCUCUGUGUAUAAUAUCCUGAUACAUUACUUCUUUUGGAGCUAUGUGUGUUAAUGUAUUUUACUGUAAAUUUUUUAAAAUUAAAUUUUAU